AAAAUUAUACCCGCUUCGACCGUUGCAUCGACCUGUUCCAGCACCUCAAGGGGCUGGAAACAGCUAGCCGGCAAACCCGUAAUCGUCCGGGCGCUAGAUGCUCUCGCCAUUGCCUCUUCUUCGCUCUUGAUAUUGGCAAGAGUAGGGCGGAGGAAACAGACGGUGAAGUGGAUGGCGGAUAUCAAUAUGGCCCCAUCCUUCUUCGUCAAACCCGAUCACAAACUCGUGCGGCAAGCCGCCGCUUCAGGCCACGCUCUUUGCAUCAACAGAUGGGGGACGUUUCAGGUCAUGAGCUCCGAAUGUUCGGCCAUUGGUCAUGUUUGGCCACACGACGGGCCUUGAACAGCACGACGAGGGGACCGAGCGGGAUGGACGAGGAUUCAACAUGCAUCCAUCUCAUCCGCAUCAUGGAUGUUGUCCGCGAGCACGCGUCCGAGUGGUGCUGAACUUCUGAUUCGACUUUCUCGCUAUAUUCAAGGGUGCCGGUCCCGAAAUCAAGCACCUCAAGACACAAAUCAUCAAUAGUCUCGGCCACGUGUACGCAAAUGCCGAGUGCAUAGUUGUGCCGACGGUCUCACCUUGCAGCUAAAUCCGGGGAUCCGCUGGUCGCUACGGCAAUCCUGUGCUGCGGCCCCGGACUUUCACGCGUUUGGACAUACCAGGAGGCCACACUCGCGCGGAAGUUGCAUGUCGUCUCACAGACGCCCACGUCCUCGAUUUCCAAGAGAUAGUCUCGGCGCUCAAAAUGGCCAAAGCAAUGGACCAUGGUCGCUGGCACGAACUGAAACUGCGUCUGACAUUUUCCCACCUCACUCCGGUCCACGAUCUAUGCAUCUCCCUCGCUGAUAUUGGGCUGAGUUGCGAUCAUCGCUCAUGUGAGAACGAGAUCGACUACGCGAGACGUUUCUUCACUCUGCUGGUGCUCGACUGGAAGACCGACCUCACCUAUCAAGAUAGAUGGCAUGAUAGAGAUCCCGCGUGCCGGGCCUGAUCAAGCUUCCUGGCUCGCGAACAUGCACGGACCUAGAGGGCUACCUGCCCAGUACAUUUUCGUGGGCGCCCAGGUAUCUCGCUUGCCCAACUGCAAGGCAGUGUCCAUGCGCAGUUCGACGCCAAUCUUGGCUCGUUGCUCCGAUACUGGCAUGCCAUCACCGUGAAA